UAGGUCAGUGCACGUGUUGAUUUUGACCCUCAGGGUCGCACUCGCAGCAACUUAUGUCUUCGGAGAAGAUAGAGUCGUUUCUGAAUCAAUUAUCCAAUACAGAUUUAUAUAAACUACCUGAGCUUAUUCAGUCUAUCACUGAAUGUCCAGGUUUGAUUUCUGGUUGGACAUAUGCCUUUAUUUUCUCGAGGUUUGUUCGUCUUCGGUGAAUUUCUUGAUCAUCCAAAAAUUAAAUCGAUUGAGAAUGGAGAAUAUUCUCAGUAUUAUAACUUAUUGAACCUAUUUUGCUACGGGACGUUCGAGUUACUUACCACCAACCGGUCUGCAUAUCCUGAUUUACGACCAACUCAAGUUCGGAAGUUAAAGCAGCUCUCGAUAAUUGAUGAAGCGCAUAACCAGAAGCACAUACCUUAUGGCCUCCUGUUUAAAAAGCUCGAUAUUGCAUCUUCAAGAGAACUUGAGGACCUUGUUAUCGAACUCUUUUAUCUUGAAGCCAUAACAGGAAAACUUGACCAACAGAAAGCACUGUUAGAGGUCAACUCCGCCAUUGGGCGUGAUAUACGUAUUGAGCAGAUAGAUGAACUACAUCAAAAGCUGGAUUCAUGGGGUGCUCGAGUAGAGUCUGUAUUGGCUCAUAUAGCUAAUGAAAUAAAGAUGGUUAAUGAGCGGCGAUAUGAAUCCGAGUUACAUCAAAAAGAGAUUUUGGAAGCGUCACUGUCUAUCAAAGAGGCCUUACGUGGCCAAAUGGCGAAAUCAGACGCUCAAAGUUUACGGAUGGAUAUGGACGACAUACUUAUUCAUCCAGAUUUAUUAGAAAGUCGUGUAGAAGCAACUCGUCAAAGUUCAAGCAAUACUGAAGGUGUUGGUGAUCGUGAUGUUCGCAGUCGAAUAACUGUUUUUAAAAAUCUUCGGCAUGGUAAAUCUUCAAAACAACAGUAGUGUUAAACAACUGUGAACAUGUAUGAUUUAUUAUUCUGUGUACAACUUUUAUAAAUUACUGCAACUCAAAGAGUGCUGUGUUUUACCUUGAAUUUUUCGCAAUGUCAGCGUCUUGGAUAUAAAGCAGUAAAUUUAUUAUAAAUUUUUCCUGAAGCAAAUUUUUGACAAUAAAAACAGAAUUCUAGGUA